AUGAGCGCUCGCUCAGCAUAUGUUUGCCAGAUUCAGGCAUGUAAUGCAGUUUUGAUAUUCUGCGGCCUGGGAUCUGUCGGCUUAGCCGGUAGUCAGUUUUCUGAUGUGAACAUCUUCAAUUUCCGUGAUAUUGACUUGAGGCUCUUAAAUUGGAUUCAUGCGCUAACAGGACUCAUAGGAAUUUACUCUCUUCUUCGUAGCCAUGGAAGUAUAGUAACAAAGACUCUGUAUUUUGUAUCAUUGGUUAUCGGAGUAGCUACAGGAGUAUUCUAUGGGUUCACAACUUACAGAAUUGUUGAAGCUCAUGACAAUUUACGUCAAGUACAACAAGUUCCUGGAUUCCAGGAUUCUCUUGGACAAGAAGAUCGUAACUAUGCGGCAAGAAUCGUUAUUUCUUCCAUCAUGAUCGCUUUGGGAGCGCUGGCUGCUUUGGUUUCUUUGGUAGCUCUCUAUCUGUUGGAAAAAUUGGUUGUUGUCACAUCUCCAAUUUAUCCUUUACAAUCAAGAGAACAGGAAAUGGCCAUGUACAACUCUCGUAAAGCUUUAGCCUCAGUGGGAAUUAUAAAAACAGUUUUUGCAUUGGGCGUGUUGGGCUUAGCCGUGUUUGUUGAAUAUGAGCAUGAAAAGGUUUCGGGGACCGAUAAGUACAUCAAAAUAGCUUUGGAUCAUAUAGCAGCAAUGUUGGCUGUAUGUAGUGGAGUUAUGGAUUUAUAUGCAUCCCGAGGAAAAACUCAAGAGCAACUCAAUCUUAAAGUCGCUUUGGCUCUCUCUGUUGUUGCAGCAGUUUGGUGCAUUAAGACAGUUGACCAUAACACAAUGCCAUUUUAUAAAUACGAUUUGAAGUACUACUAUGAAACUAGAGCUACUAUGUUGACAACAAGUACAUCUCCCAGAUACAUCUUGGCUGUAGCACAUGGAGUUCUUAUCGGCUGUUUCGGCAUUCUCUUCUUCAUCUGCACUUUAUCAUGCGUGUUCAUCGGAAACUUCUUACAGUUGGACUUCCUCAGUAUGCAUCUCCGAAUUGAAAAGGGGUUACGCAUUCAGAGCAGAUUACUAUCGUUCUUACACAUUUUGUGGGGAGCUUGUCUUCUGGCUCUCACCAUAUUGGGAUUAUUGGAUGUUAAGUGGAGAGGAGAGUUUCUGGGUGGAGAUCUUCUAUGGAUGAGCUUCUUAUUCGCAACAACAGGAAUUCUGAGUAGCAGUAACUAUGGAACCAUGAUAACUAUGCGAUUCAUUUUGAACAUUUGCUGCAUGGGAAUCUCAUUGGAAAAAAUGUGUGCUUCAGUCAAUCUCAUCUACCAAUAUAGCUCAUAUGAUGUUUAUGUUAACGGAGAGAGAAAAACAUUCAUUGGCCAAAUCGUUUUAAUCUCCUGCGCAACAGCUGUCUUUGGUGCUGAGUUGUUGACUUCUACCAUAUCUUCUAUCAUUUAUGGACGUGAAGUUGCCCGUCAAUCAGCUCCUUCAUACCGUCACAGCACAAGAUUACAUCAGUUGUUCAGUCUUGGAACACUUUUCUAUGCCAUUGUCAUUACUGGAGAUUAUGUCGUUUUCGAAUUAGGCAAAUGGAGAUAUAGCGAAGUUCCAUUGGACGUACCUUUCUUCCGCCUCGGUAACGGACCUUUAGCUCUCGCCGUUUUUGUUGUUCAGCUCGGAUGCACAUGUUAUCCACGACUACUAGCCGCCUCAUCGCUUCUCCAUGUUGUUAUUGCCUCAUUGGCUCUUUUCACCAUUUCACCGGCAAUCACGAACGUAUAUUACUUGCAAAACCUUAUUUCAUUGAAUGAUGUUUUGCGACCGACUCCCGAUCAAGAGACAAUCUAUGAAGUUGCUCUUAUCCUGGCAGCGGGAGCUGCGUUAGCAUGUGUUAUUGCUACCUUCUGCGGAGUUAUUUGCUCAUUGAGAUCUUCCUAUAUUCUGCACCAUCGUUCCGCUUCUCCUGACUCAACAGUCGUUGCACCAUUAGGUGAAGAGCAUUUCGGAACAGGCCAAUUUAGAACCCGUGAACAAAGCCCUGUCGUCAUCAGUCAGGCUAGUCCGAUAUCCAUACAAGCACGAGAAGAGCAAUCGGUCUAUUGGUCAGCCGAUGAGAACCCGUUCUACUAUCAUACAUCAAAACGAUUCUAUGGACAGCCAUAUCAAAUUGAAUCAGGGUUCUACGGAUAUGCACUAGCCAAUCCUAAUGGCCAAGAGCAUCAUCAUCGACGAGUACAAUCAAGCGCAGCACAAACUCAGAUAGGUCAUGUAUUCAACAACUGA